ACUGCCCUGGUUCGUGGUUCCAUCUAUUGCUAUUGCUGCUGCUGCUGCAUGCGGUGUGUUGCCCCCUCUGCUCUCACUGUCACAGCAGGUGCUGUAUCCUGGGUCUGUCACUGCCAUGUCUGCCCUGGCUCGGUCCCUCGCCGCCCGUACUGUGCUCUCCCCGCUGGCUGACAAGAGAGAGCCUCCUGUUCAUAGCCCUGGCCGGGGGGUGGCAUCGCCAGGGGUGCUCCCCGGGGUUAGGCGCAGGGUCCGGAUACACAGACCACCCCCAGAUGUCCGCUUUAUCUUCCAGCCUCAGACUCUAGGGGCCGGCCACAAGUUUCAGGCCGAGGCCGGUCUGGCAGCCUGGUGCGACCUGUGCUGCGGCUUCAUCUUUUCCGGGAGCCGGCGCUGUGCAGAUUGUAAAUACACAUGCCAUUCUCAGUGCCAAGGCCAGGUGCAAUUGAACUGUGAACCUAAUGGGAAAUUAAUGGAAUGUUUACCUGUGUAUGACACGUUGGACCACUCAAAUAACAACGAUAAGGAUGUUGAAAAGGAAAGAGAUCCUUUGUCGUACCUCAGUAAGGAAGAGACCAAAGAGAAGAUCCAGCUUUACAAUACAGCAGUCACUGACAAAUUAAAGAUGACACUGAAUUCAAAUGGGAUCUAUACAGGCUUUAUCAAAGUACAGAUGGAACUGAGACGACCAAUUACUGUACGGACGCAAACAAAUGCACACAGCCAUGCCAACAGUAAUGGGAAUGAUACUGCCUUCUACAUGCCUAAGGGCAGCAUAAAUAUUCUGCACAUCAGCAGCAUCAACACUGUGCGUGAAGUCAUUGAGGCCUUGUUGAAAAAGUUCUUGGUUGCUGACAAUCCUGCCAAGUUUGCACUUUAUAAGCGCUGUCAGAAGGAAGAUCAAGUGUACAUGUGCAAAUUGUCUGACAGAGAGCACCCACUGUAUCUCCGACUGGUAGCUGGGCCCAAUCUUGAGACACUUAGUUUUGUUCUACGGGAACAUGAAACGGGAGAUGUCAUGUGGAAUGCCUUCACAAUACCGGAGUUGCAGAACUUCCUUCGUAUCCUCGACAAGGAAGAAGAUGAGCAGUUGCAGAGUUUAAAGCGACGUUAUUCAUCCUACAAGGAGAAACUCGAAGAAGCAUUGAGUGGUGUGCGCAAACCUGGUUAGAGUCCUUCCCAGAAGGACCUCUGUGUUACAGCAUGAUGGAGCAGUGGCACAUUUUUGCAGCUCUGUCCAAUGGAGACUUACUUGCAGAGGAUAUGUCCCUGAGAAGAUGUCUGUCUGCAGUGUCAGAACCUGGACUCAAAAAUAGACCAUAUGGUUGAGGACGUUCACUGGGACUCUAAUGUUACUGUUGCUGCAGACAAUCCAAAAAUCCAAUUCAUUUUUAGAUUUUUAUUUUUUUUAUGUAAGUUAUUAAAGCUUUAAGUCUGGUCUGGUAAGUAAUUAUUGUAUGUAAACAUGUCAGGAACCAUUUUGUGUGAAAAAAUGGCUGUAAAGAAAAUGUUAAUUGCGACAAAUGUCUGUUAAGGGUUGGCCUGAUUUGGGCACUCACUCAGCACCUGACGAUUCAGAAGAACUAAUGAAGGUGGUCAGAGGGUUCAGCCCAGGGCACAAUAGCAAGUGAUGAGAUAGGAGAUGAGGGACUAUCCAGAUGUUUUUCUACAGGGUUUUGAAGGUUUAAUUUUAGAGGGAAAAGAGAUGGGACAUGAUAACAAUGUAUCCCAAUGUGAAGUGGGCGAGGAAACAACUAUGCAGUCAACAGAAAAUGCUGCUGUAGUGUUUGUACCCUGUUAGGUAUAUUUCAAGCUGCUAAGAAGGUGGUGGUUUGUGCAAUGUAAGCUGUUUUGUAACCGUGAUCGGAGAAGACCUCACAUAUCUAACAGCGAGUUCAAGUAUUGUGCAGAGUAAGUUUAAUGACUGGUGAGUUCAUCAGUCUAUUGGUUUGAUGUAUGGUGUGAGAAGGUGGAAGAUUGUUUAAAAGGAAAAAGGUUUAUUUUGUAGGAUGAGGUAGCAUGGUUUAAGUAUGAUUCAGCCAUAUUAGGGGGGUUGUUACUGUCCCUAUUAAAGUUUGUGGACUCUGGUAGACUCGCUUGGAUGUCUUCCAGCACAAACAGUGCAGGAAAGUGGUAGACACGAUAUUGGUGGUGAAUGGACUAUAUCGAGAGCUAGUGUUCUGCAGAAAUACAGCACUUCUCCUAAGCCUAAAGUUAUUGCAUGUUGUAAGGAAACCAAAGAACAAGCAAAUUAAAGGGGGUGUUACUUUGCUUUACUGUAUCUCUUUUGUCAUUUUAAUACAUGUUCUUUUACAAUAUUCAAUAAUGUUAUUUCUUUAUAAAGCUCAAUUAGAUUGGCAGUUCAUGGUUUACUUUCUCCAGCAUACUAAUCUGGUGCUUGUUCCAACAUUACUGUACACUUAUGAAGGAGGAUUGAUCCCUAUAGGCCAGGCUUUAGGUUCAGUACUGCCUACGUCUUGUAGCUAGUGAAAGUAAUCAUUUGGGGGGAAAAAACAAUGGUUCACAUUAAUUGGAACUGAUGUAAAACCUUGUAAAGUGUGGAAAGAAAACCCAAAGAGGACCGUUUCUGUAUGAGCUUUUCGUACCUUUCCUAUAACGUUUUUUAUUUCUAAAGCGGACAUGGUAUUUCAUGAAAUCCUCAACUGUGAAUUUUAUUUUAGGUUUUUUUUUUUGUUUUUGUUUUUUACUUGAACUCGAUUUUUAAUAUGGGCAUAUCCAAUACUUUAGACCUAAUUCUGAUAAAAUGUCUUAUGCACUACACACGAUUAAUGAUUGAGGAUGGAUUACUGUAUUAAUGUGUUUUUCUGUGAUCGAGAUUUUAAGGUUUUUUUUUUUUUCUUAUUUAAACAAUGUUAUUUUCUAUAACCCCUGUAUACGGGGACUGAUUCACUACUAUAUGUGCUCAUUUGCAUGUCUUACCCACAGCCUUUUGUGGCUACAGUGUGUGUUAUUCACUGUGACAUGAACAUCUUAUACUCGUAGGCACUGGAAAAUGUUUUGUAGUCUGAAGCUGAACAUUCUUACAUGUGGAAAUGGGUUAUUGAGUCCGAAAUAAAGGUCUUAAGUACUUUUUACCUAAUAAAAUGAGAAUAUUGCAAUAGAGAGUUUAAGAAAGUCGCAUUGGAUUUUGGAAUGAAUUUAAAAUUGUUCUACUGUUAUACUAUUUAUGAUUUCCUUUUAUUUAAAUUUUUUUUUUUUAAAGGAUUUAUUUAAAAUUGAUUUUUUUCCAAAAUGUAGCAUUCAUCAACAAUAACUUUCAGGACUACAGAUGGUUGUUGCAAGGUCCCACAUAAAUUGUCAUCUCCAAUAAAAAUCAAGUAUAAAA